UUGAAAAUUCAAAAAUGGCGCUGUCACUGAAGGAUCAGAUACGUUCACUUAUGUCUCAAUUUCAUUCGUCUCCAGAAAGUUCUUUGAAUAUUAUGAAAGAGAUUAACUUUCUCAUGUCUUCAGUUCCUCAGUCUGACGUCAGUAAUAUUGUUCAGGAAUAUCAAAUCGCGCCUUUAAUUCGUUACGUCGUUCAAAAUCCUCCAAGACAAAAAGAUGAUCAGGAAGCUGUAAUCAACUUUUUAUCAAAACUUUUGGAUUCUAUUUCUCCAAAUAUAGUUAUAAAGCAGUUUACACCUGAGUUGAUUCUUGCUCUUAAUAGUGAACUGUUGGAUGUUAAAGAAAUGGCUCUGAAACAAGUGAAAAGAUGCUUGACAGAUAAUAUUGCAACUUCUAUCAUGAUUCAAAAUAUGGAUCUGUUAUGCUGCGUGGCUCGCCUAAUAGGAGAUGACAUGUGCUUGGCAAAAUUAAGUACCAUUAUAUUGUCGACAUUAGGAAAAGAUUUAGAUGCUCUUCCAAUUAUUUUUUCUCCUAGAGUCAAUAGCGAGUUCCAAAAUUUGCUUGGUAAAGGUGACGUGAUACGUUUCAGAGUUUACGAGGUUUUUGUAAAAAUUGCUUGUUGUUCUCCACAAGCAUUACAGAUAGUGAUUGAAAUGCAGUAUUUAGAACAGUUAACAUCAGAAAUAUAUAAAGAUGACAUGUUGCUGUUGCUGAACUGCGUAGAAUUGUUGACUAAUUUAGUGCUGGUUGAGCAUGGACUCGUAUGUCUGCAACAGUAUGGUUUCUUGGAUAAUUUACAAAAGUUGUUAACGAUGUCUCUUGGAGAUUGUUUGCUUAAAUUUUUUGGCAAUCUUGGACACUCCCAACCAAAAAAGCUUUUUAAAGAACUUCCAAAGGUGGUGAAUAUUAUUUUUAACUUGUGUGACAGUAAUGAUUUCGUCCUGAAGAGCCACGCGGUUCGAACGUUAGGUUUUAUCGGGGCAACGUCCGACGGAAAGAGAUAUUUAGUGCAAGAAGGGACUAAGAUGGAAAAAUAUCUUCAAUGUGUUGGUGAUUUAAUAAAAGGAGGUUCAAAUGAAGUAAAAGUUGAUGGCUUGGCUACUAUGUUUGAUCUAAUUCAGAUUAUGGACAGUAAAUCUCCGGACGUGGAAGACAUAACAGAAAAUUGGUUCAGGAGAAUUAUUUCCAGUCCAAUGACAACCUUAAUGGCUUACUGCAAGUCUCCAUUCCUUGAUUUGAGAUGUGGUGCAUUGUCUGUCCUCCAGGCUAUCGCGUCGCAGGUCUGGGGAGUGAAAGAGUUGGCUUCAUUUCCCGGUUUCCUGGAAUAUUUGUUAGAUAGGUCAACGGAAUACACUAAAGAAGGAAAAGAAUGUAAAUUUGGAGUAGUGGAAGUAUUGUUGAAGUCACCAAUAAUAGAAAACAUAUAUAAUACAGAAGCCAUCAUGCAGUUGAGAGAAUUUUAUAAAAUGGGGCCAUUCUAUGUACCCACCGAGGCCUCUGUGGUGUUCGAAGGUGCGGGUUAAAGUAAUUAUUUGGUGAAUAGACAUCGUCCUGUGUUAUAUAUUCAAAUUUUGAUGUAAAUAAAAGUAAUAUUGGAGGCAAUCGAAAUUAAUUUAUCUCAGCAUUAAGACAAGAUUCCAUUUUCUAUUAUGAUUUUCACAUUGAAGUUUUUGUAUUAAAUUUCUUUACUAUUUAACAAGAAAUUUACACUUGAAAUUAUAAAACUGUAAAUUUAACUGUCUGAGUUUGUAACUUUUUUUUCUUUUAAUAAAGAGG